AUUAAUAAUAGUAGUUAUGGAGACCCCAACCGGCCUUCACUGUUCUUCUCCCGCUGAGACCAUGACCGACGAAACGGAAUCCGAAUCCCCUCCGACCAGAGGAGGAGGAAAGAAGGGGGACGGCGAGGGGGUUCUUUGUAAAGACGCUAAAAUGGAGGGGGCUUCUGAUAAGAAGUCCCAGAGGGCCCACCGACGGAAGCUGGAGAUCCGGCGGUUGAGAGCCGAGGGGCGAGACGGCAGCAUCAAGAGGAUGCGGAACCGGAGGGAGAAUUUUGACUCCUCCGAGCCAUCCGAGUCCACCUCGUCGUCGUCGGCUUCGACGGCGUCGCCGCCGUCCGAUCCCGACGCCGACGUGCCGGCAGCUGUCCUAGAAACUGGCGGCGAGGGCAAGAACGCUUGCGUGUCGCACGGGGCCGUGUCGCUGAUCGGGAGGCGGAGGGAGAUGGAGGACGCGGUGGUCGUGGCGCCGCCUGGGUUCGCGGUAGCGGCGAGAGGUUACGACUUCUUCGGGGUGUACGACGGGCACGGCGGGGCGAGGGUGGCGCAGGCGUGUAGUGAAAGGCUCCACGUGGUGCUGGCGGA